AUGAGUUUGGUGUUCCGGAGACGAGUUGAACACCCUUUAAUCGACCUUUGUAAUAUGCAAGUGGCAGUAACGAACUUCAUUCAUAUAAACGACGAUCCUGAAGAACAGAGGGAGCAAAGCAGCUACUUAACGGAUGAUUUCAGUGGUCUGAAUGGUCCUUACUGUAUUGAAUCCGAUUUAAGUAGCGAAGAAGAUGACGGCGCUCAUGUUAGUCCAGAGCUUCAAGAUAGGAUUUUUUAUAAUAGCAUUAUUAUGGAACGGGUUAUAUCUUAUGUCCCACUAGUCAAGGAUCGGCUCAAUAUUGAAAGGUGCUGUAAAAGAAUGCGAGAUCUCAGUAAACGUGCUCCGUAUUUGAAGAAUGAUGUCGACUGCACUCUUCUAGAUAUGCAUUUUCAGAGAACGAGACCCGAAAUAACCAUUGCUUUUGCUGGGAACGAAUUAUACCUUCCUGUAACAGUGGCAUCUUAUAGACUUUCUAGUGAUGAAGGUCUUGCAGUGCAACCUUCCUCAAGUAUAGCGAUGCUUCGAGCAUUUUUACGCCGCUUUGAAAAACAAAUUGUUUCUUUACGUAUAGGGUCAAUACAUGACAUACAGAGGCGAAUGAGUUAUAUUCCCGACUACGAGCUGGUCCUAACUCCAGAUUUAGCAGAGGCACUUUCCACUUUGAGGAAUUUGCGUUCCUUAUGUAUCCGAAAUUGUCAUAUGACAUGUCAAGUGCUAGAUAAAUGGUCCUCAGAUGAAGCCUGUUUAAUGAAUCAAAUUCAAGCGUAUUGCUUUCACGGCGUUUGGUUUGAUAAGUCUACAGAUUGCGAUCGGCUUAUGACGAUUAUUAAGCCCGAAGCCCGGCGGAUCCAUCUGUCGAAGUGUGGUACUGAGGUGUUGCGUCAACUGGCACAUCGUUUACUACGUCUUCACGUUAAUCUGGAAUAUGUGUACUUAUUACUGAAUGUGCAUUCUAUAAGUAAUGAUCAUUCAACAAGACAGGGGUUGGAACCUCUCUCUAAAGUAUGUGAAGAGUUGCGAUUGUGCAUAUGUUUAUCAACAUUAAAUGUUGAUGAAGAAAGGCUCGUUUUAAAUAAAACCUUGGACAUAAUUGAGGAAUUUCCAAAAAUUACUCUUCUAGAACUUGACAUUGGAGUUCCUGAUAUACGAGGAUACGAGCAUUACGAGAAAUUCUUUUUGGGGUUGCAGAAACUUCCUAACCUACGAGUUUUGCGGAUUUCUAGCAUUGCCUUAAAAGAUUAUGAUUUCCAAAUUUGGAGUCACAUGAUUCAAGGGAUUAAUCUUCUGAAGUCCGUCACCGAGCUUGCGAUUCGAGGGAUUGGUGUCAGGUUGUCGUCGCAAGAACUUCAAGACCUUUGUGAACUCUUGCCUCGUAACCUGAAAGUUUUAAGUUUAUAUUUGGCUAAGAGGUGUAAAAAGCUGGAAGUCCUGUCGGUAAUCGGAGCGGCGGAUAUUGACUGCGGAGCAGCAAAGUUCGCUCUUCAAGAACUAAGUUAUCUACAGUCACUUGCGUUGUCUCAAAUAGGACCUAUUUCAGAUGCUCUAGUCAAGUACAUGAAAGUGGCGCACAAUUUUUUAUUUGAGGAAAAGUUGAAUGAAGGAGUUGAAACAGUACAUCUGUACAGGUCUCAACGAGGACUUCAGAAAAUGUUCGACGGGAUGUCUUUCGGUGAGUGUCCAGGAUGCGAAAAAGACUUAACUUUAUUUGAUGAAGAAUCAUAG